UGUCUGUCUGCCAUGGAUGCAUACCAGAAGCUAGAGAAGGUAGGAGAAGGGACGUACGGGAAGGUGUACAGGGCGAAAGAGAAGGCGACCGGGAAUAUCGUGGCCCUGAAGAAGACUAGCCUCCACGAGGACGAGGAAGGCGUCCCCCUCCCACUACUCUCCGCGAGGUUUCCAUCCUCCGCAUGCUCUCCCGCGAUCCCCAUGUCGCCAGGAGAAACUUGUGGAGCAAUUUUAUAAGUUGAGAUUGAGGUAUUUUUCUAC